GAGCCUGAUUCCAAUUACUGCUCGACUGUGAGACUAACCAAGGUUAAUUAGAGAUUAAUUUGUAAAUAGUCGAUUUAUUUCUGGAAAAUUUAAAUUCAGGAGCAAAGCGAAGCAGUGAUACGAAGAGAAUGGAAGGAAGAGAGAGAGAGGUAACGCCCCAGGGUUUGCUCGACAGCAUCAAAGAUUUUACGCGAAAGCUGUUGAAGGAGUUAUGGGAAGGAAACAUGCCUUGUGUUGGCAUAAAUAAGUACCAAGCCUACUGCACUCUUGAUCAUCACCACCAAGCCUGCUCCUGUAAACCAAUGGCAGUAAUAUACAAGGAGGUCAUAACCAUGGAAACAAAGGCAGCAGCUUGUAGGCUGGUUGCAAUGCUGAGGAUACUCCAAAUUAUUCAGGAGUUGCUGCAAGAAAACAAACAUGCUUCUAAGAGGGAUAUCUAUUACACAGAUCCUGCAAUUUUUCAUGAUCGGACAAUGGUGGAUCGUGGAAUUGAUGAUGUCUGCGUUUAUUUUCAGUGUAGCCGCCAUAAUCUAAAUGUGGUUUCUCCGAGUAAAGGAUUGGUGAUGGGUUGGUUGCGAUUCAUAGAAUUUGGAAGAGAGGUUGAUUGCACAAGAAAUAUAUGCACUGCUUAUGUUAUACCCAUGCAUGUCGAGCAAGUUCAAAAUAUUACAAGUCUCGCCAAGUACAUUUUAGUUGUAGAGAAGGAAACAGUAUUUCAGAGAUUGGCAAAUGAUGGUUUUUGUAAACAAAAUCAGUGUAUAGUUAUCUCGGGAAGAGGUUAUCCAGAUGUGUCAACAAGGAGGUUUUUGCGGCUUCUGAUCAAUGAGUUAAAUGUUCCUUCUUUUGGCUUGAUGGAUUCUGAUCCAUAUGGUUUUGAUAUUUUGACAACCUACCGUUUUGGUUCAAUGCAAAUGGCUUAUGAUACAAAAGCAUUGUCAGCACCAGAGAUUCGCUGGCUUGGAGUUUUCCCCUCAGAUUGUGACACCUUCCAGAUUCCAGACAGAUGUCUACUACCAUUGACAACGGCAGAUAAGAAGAAAGUUGAUUCUAUGCUUAGAAGAUGCUAUUUACAACAGCAUGCACCAGAAUGGAGAUAUCAACUGGACAUAAUGUGGGCCAAAGGUAUCAAAUUUGAGAUUGAAGCAAUAUCAGCCUCAUCAUUUUCUCUACUAUCAGAGGAAUAUAUUCCAACAAAAAUUAAAAAUGGCUUGUACAUUUGAAUCUAUGUGCAUCGGAAUGCCAUUGCUUUAGGCACGAGAUGAAUUCGUCUUUAAUUUUAUGGAAGGAUAUUAAGUGGUUACAAUAUAUCCCAUAGAAUUACGAAGGGUUUGGAGAAAGAAGGAUAUACGUGGGAGUAUGCCCAAAAUUUAAAUACAUUUAGAUAUGUUUGAAAUAAAUUAACUGAAAGGUAUAAGAAAAGCCUUGCUAAGCAAUAUGAAUAUUGGCAAGUAUUAAUUUCAGGGAAUUAAAAAAAGGUAUGGGGAUUCUUAAUAAAACAAUGGAUUGGUUUCCUAAAGAUGGUUCAUAAAAUGUAAUGGCCAGAUUUUCAGAUCUUACAUAGCAUAAUAUUUAAUAC